UUGAUAUAUGCAAUUAUAGUAAUUAAGUAUUGCCAAAAUGUCAUUCUUAUCGAAUCUAAAGAAAGCAUUCCACUUUGGUGGAAAUGAUGCUAAGAAAAAGAAAUUAUAUAAUAAUAUUAAAAUGGAUUGUAACCCAGAAGAAUUCUGGGAAAUGAUAGGUGAAUUGGGAGAUGGAGCAUUUGGUAAAGUUUAUAAGGCACAGCAUAGACAAACUCAUCAGCUUGCUGCUGCAAAAAUGUGUGCAUUAGAGGGAGAGGAUGAUCUCAGUGAUUUUAUGAUUGAAAUAGAUAUUUUAUCAGAGUGCAAACAUCCAAAUGUUGUUGAAUUACACGAAGCAUAUUUUAUUGAGAGCAAGUUAUGGAUGUUAAUAGAAUAUUGCGACGGUGGUGCUGUUGAUUCCAUAAUGGUUGAGUUAGCGAAAGCUUUAACAGAACCACAAAUAGCUUAUAUAUGUCAACAUAUGACCAAAGGUCUUGCAUUUUUACACAAAUCUAAAGUGAUUCACAGGGAUUUAAAGGCAGGAAAUGUUUUGUUAACAAUGGCUGGGGGAGUGAAAAUAGCUGAUUUUGGGGUGUCUGCAAAAAAUAAACACACUUUACAGAAACAUGACACAUUUAUUGGAACACCAUAUUGGAUGGCUCCAGAAGUAGUGUUAUGUGAAACAUUUAGGGAUAAUCCUUAUGAUUUUAAAGUGGACAUUUGGUCGCUUGGCAUUACUUUAAUAGAAUUUGCGCAAAUGGAGCCGCCAAACCACGAAAUGUCCCCAAUGCGCGUGCUUCUUAAAAUCCAAAAGAGCGAUCCACCGAAACUUGAUCAACCUGGGAAAUGGAGUAAAGAUUUCAACGAUUUUAUUGCAAAAGCUCUUAUAAAGGAUCCAACAUCGCGACCGACAGCUGACGAAUUGUUGAAACAUUCAUUCAUAAAUCGUAACUUGGAUUCAAAACCGAUCCGAGAUUUGUUACUGGAGUAUAAAGCCGAUGUCGUUGAAGAGGAAUUGGUGGAUGAAGAAACAGAGGAGCAACGCACGUCUCAGCUUCCUCUGGAGCUGGAUCAACUCGGAGAUGACUCUGCGUCUAUGCGCAGUGACGCUGAUGUUAAGAUUUCUGAAAAGGAAAAUCUUGUCGCAUCGCCCGUGUCUACGAAAAAAGAAGAAAGCCAUAAACGAGAGAUUAAUAGAGAUGGCGAAAAGGAGGACAGGAAUAAGAAAUUACGUAAAGCAGAAUCUAAAGACAACAUACCAGUUUCUGUUGAGAAAAAACAAGCACCUAAACCUCCUAGUACAAAUGAAACGAACGAACGUAGGGUAUCUCGAGAAAAGGGUCCGGCGCCGCUGCCACCGCUUAUACGUCAAAACAGCAAAAACGAGGACAAGGAAAACAAUUUGAAGAUUGCUAAUAAACAAAGUGACGUAGAGGAGGUGUUAGAAGGAUGCAAGAUGUUCGAUAAACAGCAGCGAGAUAAAAACGAAUCGCUGCAGUCGAGUGAAGAAAUGGUAGAUAGGGAAGGAACAAUAAAUAUAGACACGUUGUGCGAGAAGUCACACGUAUUAGACAGUUUAGAGAAAAUUGCGUCGGAAAGUAACGAAAGAGAGAAGAGUAAAUUAGACGAUACGAACAGAGGUGAGAUCAGGCAGAAGUCGGUAGAUAGUAAAGGAAAUUCAUCGUUGAGAACGCAGUUAACUUUAGAGGAGAAGAGGAAAUCUGCACCAGUUAAAUCAGAAUUAACCGAGGACUGGAUGAAGCCAGUAUUCAACAAGCAAUCGUCUUUAGAAGAAAAGAACAGACUCGAAAAGAAGACAUCGGUGGAUGUACAGGUGAAGAGACAAUCUUCGAUAGAAGAAAAUUAUAAGAGUUUAGAAGAGAAACGAAAAUCUGUGGAGGACAAGCUAAAUGCGGUUUUAGAAAAACGAUUUUCUAUGGAUACCGAAAUGCGUAUGAGCGUUUCAUCCAUGGAGACAUUAUCUCACCGAGAAGUUUCGAAUGCGAUUACAUCUGAGAAAAAUAUCGUUAAGGCUUGUUCUACCGAAAACGUUAAAACGGAUUAUGGAACGUGUAAACCAGAAUCUGUGGUUAAAAGUCACAGCGAAGGAUCUUCCAGGUAUGUUUCGUUGGAAAAUUUUUCGGAUGAAUUUGAGGGAAAACGGGAGCAGAAGAAGAAGAAGUGGUCAAGUAAAGAACAGAAUUACGAGAAUAGUGCGAACAACGGCGACAAUGGAAACAGUGAAAAGAAAGGUUCUUCCGUGAACGUAUCGGUGAUCACAUCAACUCCCAUUAGAAGUAGAAGUACUUCGAGAAGAGGCAGCGGUGACAAUGUGGUUGUCAUUACCGGUAAAUCCGACCAAGAAAUACGUCCAAACACGUCAACCGUCCGGAUCACAGCAGAUAGUCCAGAUUUAUCUAAUAGUCUCGCGAGUAACGUAAGCCAAGUGACAGUGGUGACAACGCAUCCUCCGGUACUUGUCGACGCUGUGUCACCGACAGUGCCUCCUCUUUCCUGUCGUCCAUCCCCUACGUCGGAAGUUGUUAUCGUCGCAAACGAGUUGAAUAAAACUCAGGUGAACGAAAAUUCGACCGACGACGAUGGAUUCCCUAGUUUAGACAGUUUGGAGUACACGCCUCAGGAGCAACCCAUCAUUUUUACCGACGUUUCAAAGAGAGUUGGCAAGAAGUUAGACGAAUCCGAGGUUCUGAUCGUGAGUCCGAUCGUAGACGAAUUACAAGAUACUAGUCACGUUUCCGUGGUUACCGUCGGUGACGACAAGGAACAAGUGAAAGAUUCCUCGGUACUUAAUAAACACGACACCGUACGAACGUCUUCCUCUCACAGCGAAGCAAGUCUGAUUGAAAGGUCAAGCACAAAGAGUGACAGCGGGGAUGAAAUUACUAAAAUGAUGGUCGCUGGAACGACCGUGGAAUCGGUGGAUAUCGACGGGGGGAUGGAGAGAAACUCGAAAAAGAUGAACGGUCUGAUAAAGAACGACAAGUCGACGAACGUCGUCGGUCGUAUGGACGAUAAAGUAAUAAAAACGAUGAAACAAAAGGAAACGAACAAGGGAUACAAGGAGAAGAGAGUGUCUCCGGAUAGUUUCGAAGGGUCUAGAUCUCAAAGCGAAUCUGGAUCGACGAGGUCGCAUACGCCUAGCAAGAGUAUAGAUCGGUCCGACGCCGAAUCCAUUUCCACGACGAUCAGCCAGGAUAGCAGGGAAUCAAGCAAAGAGAAUCAUUUGAGUCAAGGCCAGUCUACGGAAGUGGAGGAGGAAGUAGUGCUGCGACGGAAGCCCGAUUAUAAUCGCGAUAUACAGCGGCCGACUAAGACGAAAGAGGAUAUUCAGAUGAUGAACUUGAAAAAAAAGACGAGGAAACGGACGAGAAAAUUCGAGAUCGACGGAGUUGUAGUUACCACGACGACGUCGAAGGUGAUCUACGGUGACGACGAGAACGGAAAGGUCUACGACGACCAGAUCUUCAGGAAGCAAGAGCUGAGGGAAUUGAAGAUGCUACAGAAAAUGGAACAGAAACAAUUUCAAGAUUUAACGCUGAAGGCACAGUUCAACAAGGAUCAACAAGAAAAGCGUUUCGAACAAGAGAGGCAGCAUCUGGAACGUAACGCGGAAACCGAUUUGGAGACACUUGCCCGGCAACAGAGGCAACAGAUCGAGCGUGCGGAAGCGCAGCAAGAGGCUGAUCUUAGGCUUGCUUCGAAGAAAAUUCGUGGCGAACAGGAAAGGGAAUUGAAACAGUUCCGCGAUGGAUUGAAGCAGGAAUUGAGAUUGCUGAAACAAGAGGUGGACCUGAUGCCGAAGGACAAAAGGAAGAGCACGUUUAAAAUACGCAAGGAGAAAUUGGAGGCUGAACACGAGGAAAGGGAGAAACACUUUUUAGAUAAACUGAACGAAAGCCACGAAUUAUCGCUGAGAAGAUUGUCCGAUAGUCAUCGGGAGAAAAUAGCCCUAAUGGAAAGGCAAUUCUUACAGCAAAAGCAACAAUUAAUGAGGGCCCGAGAAGCGGCGAUUUGGGAGCAAGAGGAACGGCAUAUCCACGAGAAGCAGCAACUGUUGAAGAAACAGCUGAAGGAUAUUUUCUUUUUGCAAAGACAUCAAAUGUUGAUUAGACACGAAAAGGAAUUGGAACAGAUGAAGAGGAUGAAUCAACGGAAGGAGGAGGAGCUGAUGAAACGGCAAACGGUCGAACGUAGAAAUUUGCCGAAGAGGAUUCGCAACGAGAUGAAGGCACGCGAAAUGAUGUUCAGGGAAUCUAUGAGGAUUUCCAUGUCGUCGGUUAUCGUACCGGAUCCCGAUGCUGAAAGGGAGAAAUUGAAAAAGUUCCAAGAGAACGAGAAAAAACGGUACAGGGCUGAACAACAGAGAUUCGAAUUGAAGCAUUCGCGACAGUUGGAGGAGGUAAGGGCGCAAAGCGACGCCACUAUCAAGGAAUUGGAACAGUUGCAGAACGAAAAGAGGAAGAUGCUGAUGGAGCACGAAACGUUGAAGCUAAAAGAGUUAGAAGAGGCGUACACUAAAGAGCUUCGUGAAUGGAAAGCUCAACUGAAGCCUCGAAAGCAGAAACUGGAAGAACAAUUCGCGUUGCAAUUAGAGGAACAAGAGGCUAUUUACGGGCCAAGCGCUAUACCAUUGUGCUUACCUGUAGAUCUUCCCGAUUUAACGCAUCAUACGGCUGGUUCAACACGUAGUUCGCUUUCUUCAGUGAGCGAGGGUUAACGUUUAAUUUAUCCGUUAUCGAAUCUUGAUCUGGAUCUUCCAAAAUGAUUUCCCCUCCCCG